UUUGUGUCUUCGCCUUUGAAUCAAUCACUCGCAUCUCAAGGAAAACCCUCAACCCCAAAUCCCAGUCGAUCGAAAGCCCUAAUUCUGCGCAAUGGCUACGACGGUGAGCUGCGCCGGUGGGCUACUGGCUAUGCUGAACGAGACCCACCCCGCUCUCAAGAUACACGCGCUCACGCAUCUCAAUACCUUUGUCACCUACUUCUGGCCGGAGAUCUCCACCUCUGUCCCGAUCAUCGAAAGUUUAUAUGAAGAUGAAGAAUUCGAACAAAGGCAUCUGGCUGCCUUGCUUGUUUCCAAGGUUUUCUAUUAUCUUGGUGAACUUAAUGACUCACUAUCAUAUGCUCUGGGAGCUGAUCACCAGUUUGAUGUGUCAGAGGAUUCUGACUAUGUUCAUACUCUUCUCGCGAAAGCAAUUGAUGAAUAUGCUAGUCUGAAGACUAAAGCAGCUGAGGCAAAUUAUGAAUCAGCAGUAAUUGACCCUAGACUGGAGGCAAUUGUGGAGAGAAUGCUUGAUAAAUGUAUUGCGGAUGGAAAAUACCAACAAGCUAUAGGAGUUGCUAUUGAAUGCAGACGAUUGGAUAAGCUUGAGGAAGCAGUUAUAAAGAGUGACAAUAUUCAUUCUACUAUCAAUUACUGCAUUGAUGUCUCUCAUAACUUUAUAUAUAGAAGAGAGUAUCGCCUUGAGGUGUUCCGACUUUUGGUCAAGAUAUAUCAACAAUUGCCCUCACCUGACUUCUUGAGCAUGUGCCAGCGCCUAAUGUUUUUGGAUGAGCCCGAAGGUGUAGCAACCAUAUUGGAGAAACUCCUAAGAUCUGAAAAUGCAGAUGAUGCAUUGUUGGCAUAUCAAAUAGCAUUUGAUCUAGUGGAGAAUGAACACCAAGCCUUCCUUUUGAAGGUACGAGAUCAGCUCCCUAAUGCCAAGAAGUUGCAGCCUUCAGAGUCAAAGCAGACCGAGUCUGCGCAGCCAGAUGUUGUGCCAGUAGCUGAUGCUGCGACAGUCGCUGAUGCUGCAACUGGCAGUAAUGCCGUUGUAUCAGAGGAGGUUCAGAUGACAGAUGUGACUCAAGCAGAUGAUAGGGCAACAUGUUCCGAUCCACGUGAAGCUGCUUAUGAUGAGAGAUUAACGAAAAUGAGAGGAAUUUUGUCUGGAGAGACUUGCAUACAGUUGACUCUGCAGUUUUUACAUGGCCAUAACAAAUCAGAUCUUCUCAUUCUUAAGACGAUAAAGCAAUCUGUUGAAAUGAGAAAUAGUGUUUGCCACAGUGCAACUAUAUAUGCCAAUGCUCUUAUGCAUGCUGGAACAACUGUAGACACGUUUCUUCGCGAGAAUCUGGACUGGCUGAGCAGGGCAACAAAUUGGGCUAAGUUUAGUGCUACUGCAGGACUUGGGGUUAUCCACAGAGGUCAUUUGCAGCAAGGAAGAUCGCUAAUGGCACCUUACUUACCACAAGGUGGGGCUGGUAGUGGUGGUAGCCCUUAUUCCGAAGGUGGUGCUCUGUAUGCUCUUGGUUUAAUCCAUGCAAAUCACGGGGAGGGCAUUAAACAGUUUCUCAGAGAGAGUUUGCGUAGUACUAAUGUUGAGGUUAUUCAGCAUGGUGCCUGCCUCGGUCUUGGUCUGGCGGCUUUAGGCACGGCAGAUGAUGAAAUUUUUGAUGAGAUAAAAAAUGUUUUAUACACAGACAGUGCUGUUGCUGGUGAGGCUGCUGGUAUAAGUAUGGGUUUAUUGAUGGUUGGAACUGCUAGCGAGAAAGCUGGAGAAAUGCUUGCUUAUGCUCAUGAGACGCAGCAUGAGAAGAUUAUUAGGGGUUUGGCAUUGGGUAUUGCACUUACUGUCUACGGGAGAGAGGAAGAAGCCGAUACUCUGAUUGAGCAAAUGACUAGAGAUCAAGACCCUAUCUUGCGUUAUGGUGGAAUGUAUGCUCUGGCAUUAGCAUACAGGGGAACAGCAAACAAUAAGGCCAUACGUCAACUGCUGCACUUUGCCGUAUCAGACGUGAGUGAUGAUGUCAGAAGGACUGCUGUUCUUGCCCUUGGAUUUGUUCUAUAUUCUGAUCCGGAACAGACUCCUCGAAUUGUUUCGCUGCUAUCAGAGUCAUACAACCCACAUGUUCGUUAUGGUGCUGCACUAGCUGUUGGAAUUUCUUGUGCAGGUACUGGUCUUAGCGAGGCCAUAUCAUUGCUAGAGCCUUUGACAUCAGAUGUUGUUGACUUUGUCCGCCAAGGUGCUUUAAUUGCAAUGGCAAUGGUGAUGGUGCAAACCAGUGAAGCCAGUGAUUCCCGUGUUGGUCAGUUCAGGCGACAAUUGGAGAAAAUAAUCCUUGACAAACAUGAAGACACAAUGAGCAAGAUGGGUGCAAUUUUAGCGUCUGGAAUUCUAGAUGCUGGUGGAAGGAAUGUGACCAUCAAGUUGCUUUCAAAGUCGAAGCAUGAUAAAAUCACGGCAGUUGUUGGCCUGGCUGUAUUCAGUCAGUUUUGGUACUGGUACCCACUUAUAUAUUUCAUUAGUCUGGCGUUUUCACCAACUGCAUUGAUUGGUUUGAACAAUGACCUGAAAGUGCCGAAGUUUGAGUUCCUAUCACACGCAAAGCCAUCAUUGUUUGAGUACCCGAAGCCUACGACUGUACCUACCACUACUUCAGCUGCUAAGCUACCUACAGCAGUUUUAUCAACAUCGGCUAGAGCCAAGGCCAGGGCUAGUAAGAAAGAUGCGGAGAAAGCAAAUGCUGAGAAGGCCGAUCCAAGUUCUGGGAAGGGUAAAGCAACUGAGAAAGAUGGCGACUCUAUGCAGAUUGAUAGUGCCGCAGAAAAGAAGGCUGAACCUGAGCCAUCAUUUGAAAUCUUGACCAACCCGGCUAGAGUGAUUCCUGCCCAAGAAAAAUUCAUCAAGUUUCUUACAGACAGUAGAUAUGUGCCGGUGAAGUCAGCACCCUCAGGCUUUGUUCUGCUAAAAGACCUUCGCCCAAGUGAACCUGAGGCAUUAGCUUUGACCGAUUCACUCUCAUCCACAGCACCAAAUGCUACUGGUGCACCAGCCACCGGUCAGCAGGGCUCUGCCUCGUCAAUGGCAGUGGAUGACGAGCCUGCACCGCCACAAGCGUUUGAAUAUACAUCAUAGGUUGGAAUGCGCCAAUUUCUUUUCUCCAAGAUUCUGCAGAUAAAUCCCAACAGAUGGCCUGAAAAUCAGUUAUAACCGAAUGUCAAUGUUGGUUUUAUCUGGUGCUUGUCAUUCCACCCCGCUCAAUCAUGUUCAUUUCUACUUUAUAUAUAAACGCGGGGAAAUAGAGAACUGUAGAAAACUGCAUUAGCCACGGUGCUGAUCGCGAACACAUAAUUUCUCUAUAGAUGUAUGGGUUGCAGGAGAGACCCAGGCUGUUUAAUUUGCUCAUUGGAUUAACUUGGCUGUAAUUUUAUUCUCACUUCUACAUAAACUGGAUCUUAGGAUUUCUUUCA